AUGGAGGUCCAUGAUAGUCAAGAGAAAUGUAAUGAAUUGGUAAUUUGAUUGUAAUGUAGUGAGAAAAGUGGAGAAAUUCAUAAUGUGUGAUUUAAAGUAUUUGAAAACAAUUUUAAGCGGAUGUCAUACUCAGUGUCACACUGUCCAACGGUUGGACCGCUGAAGUGUUUUGGACUCAUUUAAGACUCAAAUGCAGGUCACGAACUUUUAAUAGUUACUAUAGUGAUACUUGUAUAUCAAAAUCCAUUUGUUUUUAAUAAUAAACAUUUCCCUUUUACCGCGUUUGAGAAUUCCAAGAGACGUGAAAGCUGUUGCCUGCAGUGAAAAAUCUGCCAUCGUUUUACAAAACUCAUAGAUGCUUCUAAUUCGUCGAAAUACAUCUUUGAUGUAAUUUUUAUGAUGACACAAUUUGUUAACCAAAGCAAAGGGGAGACGACCAAGCUGGAAGUUUGUCUGCUAAGAAAAUCUUAAAUUAAAGAUUCAAAAGACUUUAUAGUUGCAAACUUUCACCCCUUUUGGGUUCCAAUAAAAUAUGCUAAAUCUGAAAAUGACUGUAAGUCUAGUAUUAGCACUUGAAUCCUUAGGUAGAUAGUCAUCUUUGUUACAAUUUUUCUUUUUCCCUCUGUUUGGAUUUUGCAAGUGAUUAAAUUAUUUGUCUGAGACAUUUCAUCGGACAAACCUUGAUGACCUCUCAUCGGCGCCUUCUACAUUUCAAAAUAUGCACGCGAAUUCUCAAUACCACUAAACAACAAAAUGUUAUGUAUUAUGUUAUGGAUUUAAAGUUGUGCGACCAUUACAGUCCCCUUCAGGAUAAAUUAUAUUAAUACUCACUGUCGCCUUCUCUCCCCCUACCCAUGGAGCCUAAAAACGUUGUCAAUCGUUUUAUUCUUCAACUAAUGGCCCACUCUUUAAAUGGUAAUUUAGUGUUGACAACUGGGUUGAAAACUUAAAUUAGCCACCGUAAAGAGUAAAAAGCUGACGUUUCGAGCGUUAGCCCUUCGUCAAUCGCUCUGACGAAGGGCUAUCGCUUGAAACGUCAGCUUUUUUACUCUUUACGGUGGCUAAUUUACGUUUUCAACCCGGUUGUUAACACUAUACUCUCCCACCGAGGCAGCACCACAGUUUCUUUAGAAACUUACCCCUUUAUUCACUCUUUAAAUGCUCUAAAAUACCCUUAAGUCGGUCCUGUUUUUAUUCAUCAGAAAAGGCAACUUAAUCUGGCGACGCAAAGCAAUGAAAUGAUCAGAAAAUACGAUCUCAGGGAAAUCAUGAUUCUUUCAGCCAUCAUGUAAAUAAAGUUUCAUCGAUAUGUUUUUACUUUAUGAUCAUUUCCGGUGAAGUUUGAAUAUAUAUUGAUAACGAAGCAACAAAGUGCAUGUUGCUGCCACCGUUUUGUUUCAAUAUAGCACUUUGCAUAAACUGUUGAGCAAAAAGUCUAAGCCUAUUGAUUUACGAGAGUACAUGUCUGUUGAACUAACCAUACAUUUUGUGGCGACGAUAUUUUCUUAGGUGUUCAAAUAAAAAAUUGCAUUUUUUUUUCAGUUUAUACAGUUUCUCCUCUCGAUUAACUUAAUUUCAAAGAUAAAGCGUAUUCGGAAUGAGAGAUAAAAGAAACGCAUAAAAAUAUAAUAUCAUAGCAUCAACUUUUCUAAACAUGAUACACAACGUGUCAAAAUAUCUGAAUAUUCGCCAAAGUCACGACGCCUUAUCCUUUAUUGUAUAACAGUGGAUUGAAUUAAUUAGUGUUUCUGCAAGCCGGAGGCAUUCCACAUUUUGACGCUUAAACAAGUUUAGGCUUUCUCUCAAGUGAAAUGUUAUUCUUUGCAAGUUCUGUAACAUGUUCGAUAAACAACCUUCGCAAAUGUAAGUUUACUUAUUUGGAUAUCUUUUUUGAAACUUUUACCGGAAAUAUUUUUACGAGUAACUCUGCAAUGUUUAUAUUUAAAAACAGUAUAGUGUUUAAUUGAAAAUGCUAAUAAACAGAUAUGAAACGACUGACUUUUUUUGCAAAUAAAAUACAUAAUCGAGGCUCGCGCGUUUUCCGAUCUUCACAUGUCAGACAGACAUGACGUAGAUGAAUUUAAGAGGAAAACAACAUUAGCUUCUUGUAGUUGGUACCAAGUUAUAGUGUCAAUUUAUUUCAUAUAUUGUUAUCCUGCUGCGAGCCAAAAUAGAAAAUAUGAAUAGUUAAUAGUAUUUAAACCUAUUUGUAUAGAAUGCAUCAAUAGACAUCGUUUCCUCAGUAAAAAAAAAAAAAAAACAGUUUGAAAGCAAUUCUUGUAAAAAAAAAACUAAAAAAAGUAUCAGGUUUGUCAAGAAGGAGAGUUUUAUUCAGAAAAACUUUUUAAAAUUUACUGUUCCACUUCUACUUCCCCUUUAGUAGGAGUUUAUCCCACUUAUGGCACCUGCUUCAUAGAUGUGGCUAUUAAUUCUUAAUUACUGACAAGCAAAUAUGCGGUAUCAUACAGCAACUCAUUCCCGUGGUGAGAGUUCAUCGGCCACCAUCAUGCUGCUUCUGCCACUCCUGUUGUUUUUUCCUUCUUUGUUAGGAUUGUUGUUUGCCACACAAAACAGCGCUCUCUAUCGAUAUCCAACAAGCGAUCUUUUUUUCGGUUACAUAAAGCGCGAUGUCUUCCAUUACUUAUGGGCAGAGAAACUUUCAUCAUCCACGGUGAAAGAUCAGUUGGACUGCGGUUUUCUUUGUCUUCGAGAGCCAAAGUGUCAUUCGUUCAACAUGGCAGCGUAUCCCAACUCCACAGGAGUUUAUCUGUGUGAGUUAUUGGCCACAGACAAGUACAGAGAAACUGAAAAGUUCCAUGCAAAUGUUUCCUUCCAUCACUACAGUCCGUUGGUAAGAUCUCUCCAUAUGUCUGGUGAUAAAACACUCUUUGUAGUUUUUUUAAUACAAACUGAAUGAUUCAAGAAAUGUUUACUUUAUUUCUAGCCUCCAUGUGAAAGCGCUCCUUGUAAGAACGGUGGUGUCUGUGUUCCUGAAUAUAAAUGGAGCUCCUUUCAUUGUGACUGUAGACCAGGAUUCUGCGGAACUCACUGCGAAAAGGGAGGUAUUGAAUCUGUCCUACUUUCUGUUGCAUGAAGAAAAAUUGAAAAAAAAAACUCAUACUGUUAUUUUCAAUCAUCUGUUAUAAAUUGAUGGUUUACCUAUGUUCAACCUUGUGCUAUAAAAUUAAAUGCAUUCGAAUCAGUCUUUUUUACGUAAACGUAAAUUAGCCACCGUAAAGGAUAAAAAAUUGUGUGUUUCGAGCGUUAGUCCUUCGUGAGGGCGAUACCAAUCGAUACCAAUCUGGGUAAACGCUACCCCUUUAUUCUUUUUUACUGCCUUCCCGAUAAACAUACCUUAUUUGGCUUUUCCUUUAAAGUGCCUAUAAAAAUAUUUUUUUUUUGCAUAAAUAUUUAGCUUAUCGUAUGUUCAAACCAAUUCCGAUAAAAAACAAAAUUUCAAAUAACUUCGAACUCGGUUUUUCGGGCCUAAAAGUGCUCUUGUUUUGUUUUAAAAGUGUCCCGUGGACUGGUAACGAAUUAGCGGGUUAUGACGUAGAAAACUGUGAAAGUUCUCAGUGGACCGACACUAGCAAAUCUCUCACUUUUCUUGUAAUUUUGUAUCAGUCAGCGUUGAAAUACUGUCCGAUAGCGAUGUAUACCUACCUUCACCAAGCUCUACCAAGAGUUGAUACAUCGUACCCAAUUAGUAAAGAAAAAAUUGGAAGUUGCGAGAACGGUUCAGCCCUACGAAGGAAGACCAUGUGAAUCAAACGAAGAUUUAGACGAAGACUGACAAAAUGGUUUCUCGCCUGCAAUGUUUAGGUCAAGACGAGAACAAAAAAACUCCCUAUACUGAAUGUUCAGUUGUUGCGUUUGGCGCUUUGUUUUCUACGGCGAAAUCCAUUUUAAAAAUAGGUAGCUGUGUCCGUUUUGGUCGUCUUAAAAUUUUAUUCCUUCGCACUAAGUGGGGCGAAGGUUCUCCUUGCUCAGUGCUCCAGUGUUUCGUUGCUGUAGAGUAAUUCCCUUAGCAAACCAAAAGCUAACUUUUGACGAAAGAAUCAGCUGUACCAUGAGGCACGAUGACUUUCCGCCGAGAAGUCAUCGGGCAGUUUCACUGCAAGUUGCUUCUUUCCUCAGAGAUUGCAAAGGCAGAGGUUAUCGUCGUCGAGCCGAUCAAAAGGGAAAUAGUGAGUUUAUAUAGAUUCAAGUCAAUCUCAAAUAAGGGUUUUAAUAGAGAAAAACUCAUUUAGUUUAAGCGCAGCAUUGCCAUAUGACCCAUUUCGCUCAAUGGCAAAUAACUGACAUUUGUGUUGCAAAUAAAUAUUUCGUAUGCAUCGACUUUCGUACAGCACUUGGAUUCGCUACCAUCUAAUUCAACAAUAUUUGUGUUUAUUUAUUUAUCUCGUCGGAAACCUAGGUUAGAAGGAUACACAGCCCUUUCGAGCUUGUGUUUAUACCAGUAUCCGCGCCAGAGGUUUCUCACUGCUCAGGCAACAGGAUAUCGGUCAGCUCAGGAAAGGGCUUGAACUUGCUUACAAAUAAUGUAUUUUUGUUAUUAAAAUACGAUGAAAAUACAAUUAGUAGGAUUUCCCCACGAUUAGAAAAGUGUAAAUGUAGUCAUGUGAAAAGACAAGGAGUAUGAGUACAUCUCAAGCACGUGAAAUAAAAAAACAAUAAGGAGCUUACCAUUCUUUGCUUGCAGCCGAAAAGAAUGUUGAACAAUCGUGUGCGGUGUGGGAACAGGCAUUCUUUUUAGCUAAAUUAAUGGUUAUCUUCCCCUGAUUUAACAAGUGGUAUGUGUUCGUAACAGCCGUUUUCGAAGCCGGUACGGGGCAUAAGGCCGACGACAUUGAAGAGUAAAAUCUCCUCGAUGUCGACGAUCGAGGAGCGUCCAUUUUGGCCAUACAGCUACAUUCUUUGGAAAUUAGUGUAUAGAAAUACCCGGUAUAUGUGUAUUAUUCUUGUAGCAAACAUCUUUUAGCGCUCCAGCCACGCAAUGCGUUCGUCCUUUCUUCUAGAUUUCUCCUUUCUUUACAAUAAUUGCCGACGUGUCUUCACAGUUUUCUACGUCACAGCUAUGUAACGUGAUCGUUUUGGCCGCGCGCUUAAUGAGAACACUUUUUGGCCGACAGAUCGUAAUUUCAAAGCGCAAAAAAAUUGUCAAGGAGAACUUGCUAGGCGCAAAGGUCGAUUAUUUCUACUUUUAAACGCAGCUAUCAGAAAAUGUAAAAAAUAUAAUUUCGUGUACAUGUCAGGCAUAUUAUUAUAUUAAGAUAAAUGAAAUCUUUUACUUCUAAAUUUCUUGUGUUCUUUGUUAUUUGUUUUUUAGGAAAUCGAACUUGCAGUGACAUCAAGUACUGCAAUCCUGAGGCUAAAAGUGGCUCCUAUGUCAUCGACCCUGAUGGAGAGGGCGGAGUGACACCGUUUAAAGUAUUCUGUGACAUGACUGACAAGGACGGGAUAGGGGUAACAGUUGUCAGUCACGACAGUGAAAACAGAACACUGGUGGCUGGGUUUGAAGCCCCUGGUAGUUAUUGGCGCAAUGUUACUUAUGAUGAAACCAGUCUAAUUCAGCUAGCAAGCUUAACAGCUUCAUCUUCUCACUGUGAGCAGUUUAUUAAAUACGAGUGCUAUGAGUCAAGGCUCCUUCGUAGCAUGUUCGGCUGGUGGGUAUCACGUGAUGACGAGAAGAUGACUUACUGGGGUGGAGUCAACUCUGUUCCCUUUAAAUGUGCAUGCGGUUUGAAUAACACGUGCGCGGACAGCAGUUACGGCUGCAACUGCGAUAAGAACGAUUGGAAUUGGCGAGAGGACAGCGGUUUAUUAACAGACAAGUCCAAGCUUCCCGUGAUUCAAAUGAGAUUUGGAGAUACCGGUGGAUAUGUGAGUCACAAUGAAUCAGGAUAUCACACGCUUGGAAAACUGGAGUGUUAUGGACUCAUCUAGAAUUCACUUUUAAAAUACAACUUGAACAUUGUAUUCCCUUAAUCAGACCUGAAUAAAACGGAGGUCCAUGAUAGUUAAGAGAAAUGUAGUGAAUUGGUGAUUUGAUUGUAAUGUAGUAAGAAAAAUGGAGAAAUUCAUAAUGUGUAGUUAAAAGUAUUUUCAAAAAAUUGUUACCGAAUGUCAUACUUAGUGUUAGACUGCUCAAGUGUUUUGGACUCAUUUAAGACUCAAAUACAGGUCAUUAACUUUAAGUAGUUGCUUAAGUGAUACUUGUGUGUCAAAACUCAUUUGUUUUUGUUUAACAUUGCCCUUUUACCGCAUUUGAGAAUUCCAAGAGACGUGAAAGCUGUUUCCUGCGGUGAAAAAUCUGCCAUCAUUUUACAAAACUCAUACAUGCUUCUAAUUCGUUGGAAUAUAUCUUUGAUGUAAUUUGAUGAUGACAUAAUUUUUUAACCAAAGCAAAGGGAAGACGACCAAGCUGGAAGUUAGUCUGCCAAGAAGAUCUUAAAUUAAAGAUUCUAAGUUGCAAAGUCAUAUUAAAUUCAAUACUCUUUUAAGUCAAGUUGCAAACUUUCACCCCUAUUUGAAUCCAAUAAAUACGCUCAAUUUGAAAAUGACUGUAAGUCUUAUAUUAGCACUUGAAUUCGAAGCCUACAUUAGAUAGUCAUCUUUGUUGUAAUGGCCUGAUUAUUCGUAAAAGCAACUAUAUUUCGGUUUUAUUUCCCUCUGUUUGGAUUUUGCAAGUGAUUAAAUUAUUUGGCUAAGACAUUUUAUUAGACCGAGCUCGAUGACCUCUCGUUGGCGCCUUCUGCAUUUCAAUAUAUGCCCGCGAAUUCUCAAUACCACUAAACAACAAAAUGUUAUGUAUUGUGUUAGGGAUUUAAAGAUCUGUGACCAUUACAGUCACCUUCAGGACAAAUUAAACUAGACCCUGUGAGCAGGGUAACUGGGAUACCUGGAUGGUACUUGAUCCUUGGAAUCAAGUGUAGGGAUACUACGGGUGUCGGACUAGUAUACUGAAAUAGUGCGCUCAAGUCUGGCCAAGCGCAUACACCUAUUUCAAAACAUAGGCAUGCUAUGCAUGCAAGAGUUACUUUUUUGUAGGGUGGGUGGAUUACUUGAAACAUUGUGAGUGAUGUCUACGUUCUUACAAAAGGAGAGAAGAAUAUUAAUGUGGGAAAGAACAAAAAUGUCGAAUUACCUCACUCACAUGUAUUUUGUGGUAGAUUAUGUGUGUUUUGCGAAUAAAUGUAACCAAAAAUAAACUGUAUUGGUGCCACGGAUACCUGUUAGUACAAAAUGCAGACAGCAGACUGCAGACUGGAUACAAAAUAUAGACUGCAGACUGCAGAGUGGGUACAAAAUGCAGACUAAGAAUCUGAAGAGUUUUUACGUCUGGUAUAUAAUAAAGCGUCACGCAAUCGCUUUUCUGCGAUCCGCCUUCACGAUUAUUUGCACUUUUGUGGAAUAUUCCUGGCCCUAUUUCUUGAUGAAAAUCGAUCGCAAUAUUAUUUCAAGCCUUCAAUAUAGUCUUCUUACUUUGCGCGCGAGUUGGUUGGUGUGAUGUCUGUACAGAUUUUACCAACGUAAUAAAAGUAGAUGACGUGAAUAACAGUGAUGGUAAAGCAAGCUUAAAACGGCAGAAAUCGCCAGAAAAUACAACGGAUACACAGGGUAUGAGUAAGUUUUAUUGAUUUUACGAGAAAAAUGUUCAUAUUUCGAAAUAUGUAUCGUUGUAAAUCGACCAUACUUCGUACCCUAUACUAUUCCUUAUAACGUCCAGUUCCUCUCGUAGCUUAACACCGAGUCGCACAACGCGUGAAGCGUUCAUAAAUUAAUCGUUGGCUUUUUCUCGAGACGUGAGCUUGGGCCGCCUGUGACAAGACAACUGCGUAACAAUAUUUAACAUAAUAACAUUAUACACAAAAAAACACAGGGUUUUGGAUCACGCAUUUAUUAAAAAAGAAUAUCCAUACAACUACAAUGAAAACAAACAUAAGAUUCCUUUCUGAUCGUGAAAUUAAUACCAUUCGUAUUAUUAUCGUAGCUACGUUCCUUGCCAUCAAGUGAAUCCAACUUGUCGUCUUUCUUCACAAGCAGUUUGCAUCCAUUAUAGUUAUGUUCUUCAGUCUCACGGUAGUAGUGUUGUUCAAUAGAUUGCAUAGAGUAUAUGCAGUUUGGUUUCAGAUUUCAGAUUUUGCUUUUUACAACAAGUGAACGUUUUUCAACUAAGACAUUGGCAUACUUAGCAUACAAGGCAUUCAAGGCUCUCAUGGCUUUCAAGCGUUCGCGACUCAAUCCGUUCCAAAAUUACCGCUCAAUAACAUCUUUCAGUGUGGAUUAGCCGCGAUUAAUACAACUUGUAUAUGCGUCUGUAAGUAUUUUGCGCGUUUGCGCCAUAAUGCUCCAGGAGAUCGCAAUCCAAAUACGUUGAAAUACAAAACAACUGACCGAAGAGUUUUAUAAGCAAAAUCUCGUGAUUCGUUAUAUGACCCGGCCCUGUCUGUGCAUGACAACGUCAAUCAUCAUCAAGAUAACACGCGUGUCAGCAUGUGAACACCUCAUUGGAUCACAGUUAGUUGUCAUGGUGUUGAGGGAUAACACGCGUGAUCAGCAUGUGAACACCUCAUUGGAUCACAGUUGGUUGUCAUGGUGUUGAGGGCCCAAUGACCUCUGGGUACUGUUGCGCAAUUUUUCCAUUUUGUGGCGGAGGAAAAAAAAAAAAAGCGACAAAAAAACAAAGGCAUUUUAUGACUGGGCUACCACAGGUAUCCCAGUAAUUAAUACUCUUUGUCACCUUCACUCCCCCUACCCAUGGAGCUUGAAAAUGCAAUCAAUCGUUUUAUUCUUCGAGUAAUAUGAAAUGGCCCACUCUUCGAAUGCUCUGAAAUACCCUUUAAGUUUCUUCGAUAUGUUUUUAUUCUAUGAUCAUUUCCGAUGAAGUUUGGAGGGUUGAAUAGGGGGAGUCAUUAGGGAUCAGUUGGGUGGGUGGGUGGGUGAGUCUAAUUUGUCAAGGCGAAAUGAAUGAUUUUGACGAAUUUUCGCCAUUUUUGUUAUUGCAUGCAUUUCUCUGGACAUAUCUUAAUCAGUAAAUCGUUAAAGGUCAUUAAAAUUAAGUUUACUUUGUCAGAGAAAGACUGAAUAGGUGUAAACAUAAUUUAUGACUCGUGCUAAAUCAACAACAAACUUAAAGGGAUUUUAACUGGUAAUAAACGUCAGCUGUCAAAGGUACUAACAUCGUCAACCGUCAUUAGCCCCAAGAUAUAAACCUCAAUAGUCAAAAUUGGGAAAAAAAAACUCUAAAUUACCUCCGUAUAUAAGAAAUUAUCCAGUUUCCAUCAAAGUGGAUUUGGAAUAUUUAUUGAUGACGAACCAACAAGGUACAAGUCAUUUUUAAAUAUAUUUAUGCAUAUAGCUGUCAAUGUUUUGUUUCAAUAAAGCACUUUGCAAUUAACUGUUGAGCAGAAUUUCUAAACCUAUUGACUUAUUAAAGCAUUCUGUUGAAUUAGCCAUAUAGCUUUGGGGGAUGAUAUUUACUUAGGUGUUCGGAUAACUAAAAAUAUUUUGUUUUAAGUCUAUGUAAUUUCUCUUUCGGAUUAUCUUAAUUUUAAAGAUGAAGCGCUUUCGGAAGGAGAGAUAAAGAAAGCAACGCAUUAUAUCAACUUUUCUAAACAUGAGACAUAACGUAAUCCUAAACGAGUAAUCUGACCAUUUAUCCUAAGUGAAUGUUAUUCUUUGCUAAUGCUGUAACAUGUUCACUAAACAACAUUCGCAAAUAUAAGUUUUCUUAUCUGGAUAUUAUUUUGAAACUUUUACAGGAAAUAUUUAAUGAGUGAUUGCGCAAUGUUUAUAUUUGAAACCAGUAUAUUGUUUCAUUGAAAAUGUUAGUAUACAGAGAAGAAACGACUGACACUUUUUGCAAAUUAAAUACACAAUCGAGGCUCGCGCGUUUUCCGAUCCACGUAAAGGAUUUCCUAACAUUUUCAAGACAUGACUUCAAUAAACUUCUUCAAUUUCUUUGUGCUGAACUUGUUCCAAUUUAAAAUGAUUAUUAGCUCCUUUUAAGUCACUAAGAGGAAAUCUGCCCAGUAUCUCUUUAUGAUCAGAGAAUCCAUCCGGUAAAUAGAACAUCGCAACUUUUUUCUACAAACUGCGAGAGGUAAUGAAAGAUUAGUUUGAUAUUUGGUGUUUUUAAUUUUGCUAAAAAAGAAAAAAUUAAAAAUAAGAAAAUAAUCGUUUUUUCUUUCUCAAAAAGCUUCCUGAGAGAAAAGUGUCUUGGCAUGAUAAAAUAAUAAAAUAUUAAAUAAACAGCUGCUCCGCCUAAAAAGAAGGAACUUGUGGUCGGUGCCAAUUUAUGAUCUCAAUUUAUUUCAUAUAUUGUUAUCCUGGUGCGAGCCAAAACAUAACUUCUUAAAGCAAACCUGCUAACAGGGACAUGUGAAGGAGUAAAUAGAAACAUAUUUUCAAGUUUGUUGUAGAGUAGGGAGCAGAGUACCAAAAAUCCCUUUAAAAUUAACAAAAAAUUGGUUCAAACCAAUAUAACAAAUCAUUAGCAUGGUCAGAGUUAAUAGAUAUUGAAAUGAAUAUUUAAAACUUUUUAAACCCGUUGUAUAGAAGGUAUUAAUUGACAUCGUCCCCUCAAUAGAAAAAAAAAACACUUUGAAAGCAAUUCUUGUUAAAAAAAAAAAAACUAAAAAGUAUCAUGUAGGUUUGUCAAGGAGAGUUUUAUUUAAGAUGACUUUAUAAAACUUACUGUUCCACCUCUACUUCUCCUAUAGCAGAAGUUUAUCCCACUCAUGGCACCUGUUUCUUGGAUGUGGCUACUAAUUCUUAAUUACUGACAGGCAAUUAUAAAGGACCUGUUCUUCAUUUGCAUGUAAGUCUUCGUUGUCAUACAUCAGCUCAUUCCGGUGGUGAGAGUUCAUCGGCUACUGUCAUGCUGCUUCUGCCACUCUUGUUGUUUUUUCCUUCUUUGUUAGGAUUGUUGUUUGCCACGCAAAACAGCGCUCUCUAUCGAUAUCCAACAGGCAGUGCUUCGUUUGGUAAAUUCAAGUGCGACCCUUUCUAUUUCUUAUGGGAAGAGAAACUUACAUCGUCCAUGGUGGAAGAUAAGUUGGACUGCACUUUCCUUUGUGUCGGUGAACCAAAGUGCUAUUCGUUCAACAUAGCAGUGUAUCCUGACUCCAAAGGUCUUUAUCUGUGUGAGUUAUUGGCCACAGACAAGUACAGAGAGGCUAAAAAGGUUCAUGCAAAUGCUACCUUCCAUCACUGCAGUCCAUUGGUAAGAUCUCUUCAUAUAUCUGGUGAUUAACACUCCUCGUAUUUCUUUAAAUACAAACUGAAUGAUUCAAGGAAUGUUUCCUUUGUUUCUAGUCUCAAUGUGAGAGCGCUCUUUGUAAGAACGGAGGUGUCUGUGUUCCUGAAUAUGAAAGGAACUCCUAUCAUUGUGACUGUAGACCAGGAUUCUACGGAACUCACUGCGAAAGGGGAGGUAUUGAAUCUGUCCUACUUUCUGUUGCAUGAAGAAAAAUUGAAAAAAAAACUCAUACUAUUAUUUUCAAUCAUUUGUUAUAAAUUGAUGGUUUACCUAUGUUCAACCUUGUGCUAUAAAAUUAAAUGCAUUCGAAUCAGUCUUUUGUCUUACCUUCCCUAUAAACAUACCUUAAUUGGUUUUUCCUUUAAAGUGCCUAUGACAAUAAUGUUUUUUUUUUGCAGAAGUAUUUAGCUUAUCAUAUGUUCAAACCAAUUCCGAUAAAAAACAAAAUUUCAAAUAACUUCAAACUCGGUUUUUUGGGCCUUAAAGUGCUCUUAUUUUGUUUUAAAAGUGUCCCGUGGACUGGUAACAAAUUAGCGAGUUAUGACGUAGAAAACUGUGAAAGCUCUCAGUAGACCGACACUUGCAAAUCUCUCACUUUUCUUGUAAUUUUGUAUCAGUCAGCGUUGAAAUACUGUCCAAUAGCGAUGUAUACCUACCCUCACCGAGCUCUACCGAGAGUUGAUACAUCGUACCCAAUUCGAGAACGGUUCGGCCCUACGAAGGAGAACCAUGUGUAUCAAACGAAGAUUUAGACGAAGACUGACAAAAUGGUUUCUCGCCUGUGGUGUUUAGGUCAAGACGAGAACAAAAAAACUCCCGAUACUGAAUGUUUAGUUGUUGCGUUUGGCGCUUUGUUUUCAACGGCGAAAUCCAUUUUAAAAUGGGUAGCUGUGUCCGUUUCGGUCGUCUUAAAAUUUUAUUCCUUCGCUCUAAGUGCGGCGAAGGUUCUCCUUGCUCAGUGCUCCAGUGUUUCGUUGCUGUAGAGUAAUUCCCUUAGCAGACCAAAAGCUAACUUUUGACGAAAGAAUCAGCUUUACCAUGAGGAACGAUGACUUUUCGCCGAGAAGUCAUCGGGCAGUUUCACUGCAAGUUGCUUCUUUCCUCAGAGAUUGCAAAGGCAGAGGUUAUCGUCGUCGAGCCGAUCAAAAGGGAAAAUAGUGAGUUUAUAUAGAUUCGAUUCAAUCUCAAAUAAGGGUUUUAAUAGAGAAAAACUCAUUUAGUUUAAGCGCAGCAUUGCCAUAUGACCCAUUUCGCUCAAUGGCAAAUAACUGACAUCAGUGUUGCAAAUAAAUAUUUCGUAUGCAUCGACUUUCGUACAGCACUUGGAUUCGCUACCAUCCAAUUCAUUAAUAUUUGUGUUUAUUUAUUUAUCUCGUUGGAAACCAAGGUUAAGAGAAUACACAGCCCUUUCGAGCUUGUGUUUAUACCAGUAUCCACGCCAGAGGUUUCUCACUGCUCAGGCAACAGGAUAUCGGUCAGCUCAGGAAAGGGCUUGAACUUGCUUACAAAUAAUGUAUUUCUGUUAUUAAAAUACGAUGAAAAUACAAUUAGUAGGAUUUUCCAACGAUUAGAAAAGCGUAAAUGUAGUCAUGUGGAAAGAAAAGGAGUAUGAGUACAUCUCAAGCACGUGAAAUAAAAAAACAAUAAGGAGCUUACCAUUCUUUGCUUGCAGCCGAAAAGAAUGUUGAACAAUCGUGUGCGGUGUGGGAACAGGCAUUCUUUUUAGCUAAAUUCAUUGGUUAUCUUCCCCCGAUUUAACAAGUGGUAUGUGUUCGUAACAGCCGUUUUCGAAGCCGGUACGAUGCAUAAGGCCGACGACAUUGAAGAGUAAAAUCUCCUCGAUGUCGACGAUCGAGGAGCGUCCAUUUUGGCCAUACAGCUACAUCCUUUGGAAAUUAGUGUAUAGAAAUACCCGGUAUAUGUGUAUUAUUCUUGUAGCAAACAUCUUUUAGCGCUCCGGCCACGCAAUGCGUUCGUCCUUUCUUCUAGAUUUCUCCUUUCUUUACAAUAAUUGCCGACGUGUCUUCACAGUUUUCUACGUCACAGCUAUGUAACGUGAUCGUUUUGGCCGCGCGCUUAAUGAGAACACCUUUUGGCCGACAAAUCGUAAUUUCAAAGCGCAAAAAAAUUGUCAAGGAGAACUUGCUAGGCGCAAAGGUCGAUUAUUUAUACUUUAUACUUCUAAAUUUCUUGUGUUCUUUGGUGCUUUGUUAUUUGUUUUUUAGGAAAACGAACUUGCAGUGACAUCAAGUACUGCAAUCCUGAGGCUAAAAGUGGCUCUUAUGUCAUCGACCCUGAUGGAGAGGGCGGAGUGAAACCAUUUAAAGUCUUCUGUAACAUGACUGACAAGGACGGGAUAGGAGUGACAGUUAUCAGUCACGACAGUGAAAGCAGAACUCUGGUGGAUGGGUAUGAUGGCUAUGGUAGUUAUUUGCGCGAUGUUACUUAUAAUGAAACCAGUCUAAUUCAGCUAGCAAGCUUAGCAGCUUCAUCUGCUCACUGUGAGCAGUUUAUCAAAUACGAGUGCUAUCAUUCAGUGCUCCUUCUCAAUGGUAACAUGUUCGGCUGGUGGGUAUCACGUGAUGACGAGAAGAUGGAGUACUGGGGUGGAGUCAACUCUGUUCCAUUCAAAUGUGCAUGCGGUUUGAAUAACACGUGCGCGGACACCAAUUACGGCUGCAACUGUGAUAAGAAUGAUGGAAAUUGGCGAGAAGACAGCGGUUUACUAACAAACAAGUCCAAGCUUCCAGUGAUUCAAAUGAGGUUUGGAGAUACUGGUGUCAUUAAUGGCACUGAAAAAGGAUAUCACACGCUUGGAAAACUGGAGUGUUAUGGACUCAUCUAG